CUUUGAGUGCGGAACUAAAGAAAGGAGCAUCUAGAGUUUUUUUCUUCAUGUCCACUGAGGUGAAGAGCUGGUCUGACAGCAGCCAGUACUGCAGGGAUCAUGGUGCUGAUCUGGUCAUUAUCAACAGUGAAGAGAAGCAGAGGUUCAUUUCUUCAUUCACCAAGGAGAGAGUGUGGAUUGGUUUGUCUGACAGAGAGCAGGAGGGCAAAAUGAAAUGGGUGGAUAAUUCAGCACUGAAACAAGGGUUUUGGGCCGAAGGUGAGCCGAAUAACUAUUUUGGUAGAAACGAGGACUGUAUUGAAAUGAGACCUUCAUAUCCUGUCUUAAACAACUGGAAUGAUGCCCCAUGCUCUGAGAAGAAAAAAGGGAUUUGUGAGAAGUAGGGUCCAUCAAGUCUUCUGUGCACUUUGAAUCAUUAUUAAGAAACUAAGAGUGUCACUGAUACUCCCUAUAAGUCUGAUUAUAUAUAUAUGUAUAUAUAUAUAUAUAUAUAUAUAUAUAUAAUGAAGAGUUCAAAUGCAAAAGCCUCUAAAUCCAUCUGAUGUAUUUCUUUAAAAUGAGCUUUUCUUUCUGGCUACUUUGUAUAGUUUUCUAUGUAAGUACUGGUACUUCUGAUUGAGCUGAGGCUGGAAUUUAGCGAGUUUGAAUUAAAAGUAUUUGAUGGACCUAUACUAUGUGUCAGGAGCAUUCACUCAGUAUCAUUAUCUCAUUUUUGACCGAGAUGGCAUUUAGCUGGUUUUGCAUUUGUACUCUUCAUAUGCAUAUAUAUAUAAUCUAAGUGAGGGCAGAGACGCAGUGUUUUAAUUACAUAUACAUAUUUGAAAUAUGUAUUUAAUUGCUAAAUACAUAUUGUGUAAUUUGCAUUUUGCUGGACAAAAACAAGAUUUGUUUUUAAUAAUUUGUAAUUAAAUACUUUGAGAAACAGUAUUUUGUGUUUGAAAUACUUAAAAUACAUAAUCAAUUAACUAAUUUUAUUGUCAGAUAAUACAAUCUUUCUUUACACACUAUUUAUACAUGUAUUUAUUUAAGCUUCAACCAAGCUUCUUAUUUACUAUUCCUUACAUUUGCAUAACCCACCUUUACACACAAAUACCAUAUCAUUUUUAUUUUGUAUAUUGUGUUCUUUCAGAAAUUUGUUAUUAUUUCCUAUUUACUUAUUCCAUGUUAAGUAUCUGUGCUUUGUCUUGUCACUGUCAUUCUGUUUGUGCUGCGGAAGCAUCUAUCUUCACCUGUGUUAAUAGUACUGCCAACUAGCCUAUCAUAGAUUUAUGAUGCAAGCUGCAAGUGAAUCAUAUGACAUCCUGUUGGAUCCAGGUUAGUUCACUCCACUCCAUAAAACUUGUUAAUUACUCACCCUUAUGUCAUUCUACUCCUGUUGUCACGAAUCUGGUCGAUGUUCUGCGGUCUGCUCACCACCAGAGGUCACUCUCACCAUAUCUCACACUAACUGUUGCUUUUCACCCCGGACUUCAUCUCCCAGUAUCCUUCACGCUGAUUGUGUCAUCGCAUGUGACCAAUCAGCGUCACUAUAAAGGCCCCGGUCUUUCCCAGUACAAGUCACGGAUUGUUAUAUUGUUGUGUUUAUUGUUAUCGCUUCCUAGUUUCUAGUUCCGAGUGCCGAGUUCCUAGUUCCCUGUGUUUUGUUUUUCCCGCCGGGUUAUCUCGUUUGGACUGUCUAGCCGCCUGCCUUUGGAUUAUCGCUCGUCUUUAAGGACUAUUCUCUCAUCUCGCCUUUGACUCUCCUGUUUACUGUUGAUUUGACCCUGCCUGUCCGACCAUGUAUCUGUCUCGUCCCAUUAAUAAAGGCUUGCAUGUGGAUCCGCUCGCCUCUCGUCCCUCACUCCAUGUAACAGAACAAUCCGUCACACAAGGAUCCAGCAGCUUCACUCCCGGACAUUCAACAGAUAUGGACACAGACAGGAUACUAUUCAGGAUAAAACAAGGACCACACACCCUCGAACAACACAUCCGUGAGUUUUUGGCCAUCGCUAAUUAUUCCACCCUCCCGGACUGUACAAUUAUAGAAAUUUUUUGUGAUGGUGUUAACGAGCCACUGAAGGCGAGACUAAGACGUGAGGGUCCACGUUCAUCACUCGCAGAAUUUCUGAACUUCGCACUGUUGUGUGUGGGUUCGCCGUGCACCGUGGGGGUCGCGCAGAGGGAGCGCGGCAACGCGGCAAUGGCGACCGCGCGUCCCACUCGCAAAUUGGCGGCGACUGUGGUGCCCGUUCACAAGAUGGCGGCGACGGCGGAGCCCGUUCACAAGGUGGCGGCGAGGACAGAGCUCCGUCACGUCACAGCCGCCAUACCAGAGCCAUAUAAAGCUGCAGCUGCAUUUCCUGAGUCAAGUCAAGUUUCCAAGUCAAGUCAAGUUGCAGCUGAGUUUCCUGAGUCAAGUCGAGUUUUCAAGUCAAGUUGCAACUGUGUUUCCUGACUCAAGUCAAGUUUGCAAGUCAAGUCAAGUUGCAGCUGUACUUCCUGAGUUAAGUCAAGUUCCCAAGUCAAGUCAAGUUGCAGCUGUGUUUCCUGAGUCAAGUCAAUGUACAGCUGCAUUUCCAGAGUCAAGUCAAGUUUCCAAGUCAAGUCAAGCUAUGGUCCUUGUUCCUGUGUCAAGUCAGGUCAAAGCUGUGUUUCCUGUGUCAAGUCAAUUCAGAGCUAUCGCUCCUAUCUCAAGUCAAGUUACAGCCAUCUUUCCUGAGCCAAGUAACGUCAAGAUGGCUGCCACGCCAGAGCCACUGCACAAGAUGGCCGCCGUCUCCAAGCCCCUCCACAAGAUGGCCGCCAUCUCCAAGCCACUCCACAAGAUGGCCGCCAUUCCAGAACCUGUGGUCAUGAUGGCCCAUAUGCUGGACUCACCCCUAAUGACGGUAUGGGCAGCUAAAGUGGCGCUCCUUCAUGUCGCGGCGGCUACCCCUGAGUCAAGUCAAGACACAGAGUCAAGUCAAGACACAGCUGCUGUUCUCCACGAGUCAAGCCAGGUCACAGCUGUUCCCCACGAGUCAAGCCAAGUCACAGUUGUUCCCCACAAGUCAAGUCACGCUACAGCUGUUGUUCCUGAGUCAAGCCAUGUUGUUCCUGAGUCAAGUCACAUUACAGCUGUUGCUCCUGAGCCAAGCCAUGUUGUUCAUGAGUCAAGUCCCGGUACAGCGGAGCUCCAUGAGCAAAGCCAGGUUAUAGCAGAUCCUCAUGAGCCAAGUCAAGCUGCUGCUGUUAUUCCAGAGCCAAGUCAAGCUUCAGCCGCUGCUCCGGAGUCAAGUCAGGCUACAGCUGUAGCCUCCAAGUCCAGUCAAGCCUCCAAGUUCAGUCAAGCCUCCAAGUCCAGCAACGUUAAGACUGUCGUACCUGCGUCAAGCAACGUCAAGGCUAUCGUUCCUGCGUCAAGCAACCUCAAGGCUGUCGUUCCCGAGCCAAGUAAAGUCAUUGUUAACCUUCACAAGCCAAGUGAAGUCAGGGCCGCUCUUCCUGAGUCAAGCAAAGUCACAGUCGUGGUUCCUGAGUCAAGUAAAGUCAUUGAUCUUCACAAGCCAGUUCAAGUCACCGCUGGUCUUCACGUGUCAAAUCAAGUCACUGCUGAUCUCCAAGAGUCAAGUCAGUUCACUACUGAUCUUCACGAAUCUGGUCAAGUCACAGCGGCACUUAUUGAGCCAAGUCAAGGUAUUGCUGUUGUUUCAGAGUCAAGUCACAUCCUGCCCAACGGCCUAGAGCCUCCCCAUGUUUCAUCAGACCUCCCAGUGCCUCGUCAUGUCUCGUCUAUCUGUCCAGAGCCAAGUUACUUCUCGUCUGACCUUCCAGAGCCGUGCCAUGCCUCGUCUGACAUCCCAAAAUCACGGCCUAUCAGGAUGACCGGCGUGCUGGACCCACCACUAGCAUCAGUGAGGGCAGCGAACAUCCCAAUGGCAUUAAUACCCUCUAGACCCACCUUUGAAGCGGUCCUGCCACCCGCCGCUGCUCUUCCCGUAAUGGCGGUUGCCAUUUGGUGUGUGUGGUCUGCACACUGUGCUCCUGAGGUCACGUCUGUUCAUAAGUCCGCCCCUGAGAUCACGACUGAUCACAAGUCUGCUCCAGAGGUCCUGUCUGGUCUCAAGUCUGCUCUAGAGGUCCCGUCUGGUCUCAAGUCUGCUCCAGAGGUCCUGUCUGGUCUCAAGUCUGCUCCUGAGGUCCCGUCUGACCACGAGUCAGCUCCAGAGGCCUCCCCUGUCGGAGAAGCCGCGCCAAUGUCUCCUGAGGUGUCAGCUUCGGCUGUAGAUCCUCCUAGGGAGGCGGCGUUAUCCUUUGGUCUCUCUGCUUCUCCCCUUAUUCUGUCUGCCUCCUCUGUCCCUGUUCUCCCCAGGUCCCAGUCCAUUAUACGGGUUCCUGUUCAGCCCUGGAGGGUCCUGGCGCCUCCUGUUCCGCCCUGGAGGGCCUCGGCGCCUCCUGCUCUGCCUCCGGUUCCGUCCUGGAAGUUCCCGGUGCCUCCUGCUCAGCCCUGGAGGGCUCCUGCCCCUCCUGCUCUUCUGUUUGUCUCCUCUAUCCCUGCUCUCCCCAGGUCCCAGCCCAUGACGCAGGUCCCUGCUCUGCCCUGGAGGGUUCCUGCGCCUUCUGCUCCGCCUCCUGCUCUGCCCUGGAGGGCUCCUGCGCCUCCUGUUCUGCCUCCGGCUCCGCCCUGGAGGGCUCUUGCGCCUCCUGCUCCGCCUCCGGCUCCACCUUGGAGGGUACCUGCUCUGUCGGUCCUGCCUCAAUCACCGGGCCCUCCACAUGGACCUGGCCCUCCAGCCCUCGCCCUGUCUCGCUCCCGCCUGCCUUUGGAUUAUUGCUCGUCUUUAAGGACUAUUCUCUCGUCUCGCCUUUGACUCUCCUGUUUACUGUUGAUUUGACCCUGCCUGUCCGACCAUGUAUCUGUCUCGUCCCAUUAAUAAAGGCUCGCAUGUGGAUCCGCUCGCCUCUCGUCCCUCACUCCGUGUAACACCUGUAAGACCUUCGUUUAUCUUUGGAAAAUAAAUUAAGAUAUUUUUGCUGAAAUUCGAGAGCUUUCUGUCCCUCUACAGUCAAUCAUGCAACUUAUGCAUUGAAAGUCCAGAACAGUAGGAAAGACAUCAAGUAAUCCAUUUUAUUAAUAAAUAAAGCUGUAAAUUAUGAUUUAUUGUGCAAAGUACUCACGUCACUAAAUAAAAUUGAGGGUUAAAAAUAUGCAGUCACAUGGAGUACUUUAACAAUGUCUUUCCUACCGUUCUGAGCUUAGAAUGUGUAAGUUGCAUUGGUGUCUAUGGAGGGAAAGUUCUCAGAUUUGGUCAAAAAAAAUCUCCAUUGUUUUUGGUAGAGGAAAGAAGGUCUUACAGGUGUGAAACGACAUAAGGGUAGGUAAUUAAUGACAGAAUUUCCGUUUUUGGGUGUAUUAAACCUUUCAUUCAUCCAUGGUUCUGACUGGAAAAAAAUGAAAGAAGCUGUUUUGGUGCUCAGUGCAAACUGAGUAUGUAUUAAAAUAUAUACUAUCAGAUAAUGCUCACUGAAUGUUAUUACAGGACAGAAGAAAAAGCUGCUCUAGAACUUUACUUGCUAGCUUACAAUGACGUUAGAUUGCUUAGCAAAAGUUGGCUAUAAACAAACUGAAAAUUACGGUAAACAUUAUUGUCAAUGUCUGAACAGCAUAUAAUGAAACUCAAAAAAAAAAAAAAAAAAGAA